CCCCCCUUUGCCUCCUCCUCUCUCCUCCCCUCCGCCACCGCCUGCUUGUCAAACCGAGCCUCCUCCUCCGCUUACUGUCCCCUCCCAGCGGGUCUCCCUCCUUUUGCCACUGCAGUGAAAGCCUCGGUAAAGGAGAGACAGUCCGGGAGAGAGAGCCUAAAGCUGGGUUUAAAGCGAGGACGAGCCCACGGAGAGCCCCACAGCCGUGUUUUUUUAGUGUUUCUCGCCACCACAGCUCGGCGGCCUACAGAGUCCUCCUGUUGUACCUCUUUUCCGCUCACAUCGCCUGGAUUUCAUCAUCCGACCUGCAAGAUGGGAAAUGAAGCCAGUUACCCCCUGGAGAUGUGCUCACAUUUUGAUGCUGAUGAGAUUAAGAGGCUAGGGAAGAGGUUUAAGAAACUCGACCUAGAUAACUCCGGCUCUCUCAGCGUGGAGGAGUUCAUGUCGCUGCCGGAGCUGCAACAGAACCCUUUGGUGCAGAGGGUUAUUGACAUAUUUGACACUGACGGGAACGGGGAGGUGGACUUUAAAGAGUUCAUUGAGGGUGUGUCACAGUUCAGUGUCAAGGGGGACAAAGAACAGAAGCUUCGAUUUGCUUUCAGGAUUUACGACAUGGACAAAGAUGGCUACAUCUCCAACGGGGAGCUCUUCCAGGUGCUGAAGAUGAUGGUAGGCAACAACCUGAAGGACACGCAGCUCCAGCAGAUUGUGGAUAAAACCAUUAUCAAUGCAGACAAGGACGGAGACGGCAGGAUAUCUUUUGAAGAGUUCUGUGCAGUGGUUGGAGGUCUCGAUAUACACAAAAAGAUGGUGGUGGACGUGUGAGCGCUCCUCUGCUCGCUCCAUCCCCGCCCCUUCCUCCUCAACACUCGCUUUCUCCACCAUCUCUGAAGAUCUGCUCAAGACGUCCGGCAAAACGCUCUCUGUGUAACUCAAUGGAAGUAUUCUCUCUCUCUCUCUCACUCUGUUUCUCUCGUUCUUUCUCUCUCUCUCUCUCUCUCCGUGAAGCCACUUUUUCUUUCAAAAACCACAGGCCUCGUGAAGCCAACUUUGAAGUGUUAUUGAACUGUAAAUCCUCUCAAUAACCCGGUCGUAGCACUUUAAGAGACUGAAGGACAUCUAUUUGUCACUUGCAAGAGCAUCACUGAUUUUGGAUGAGGGGGGGAGAAAGUGGGGAAAAGGGGGCGCAGUGAAGAGGCUGGUUGGCUUGUUCAUAUUUCAUCCUUUCUUUUUUUGUUAAUUGUUAUUUUUGAUAUUUAUUUUUUGUUGUCUUUUAUAAAGAAGAAAAAAAACAAGUAUAUCUGUGGUUGUCUCGUGAGGGGAAGUGUAUAGUAAAUCAACACUUGACUUACAGUACAACUAGAAAGUAGGGUAUGAAGUGCCAACUAGAACAUAUCCAGAAACCAGUCCAAGUUAUUACCCAUCAUCACCGCUGACAACGACACUUCCAACUGUCACAAACAUCAAAUACAAAACUAAAUUUCACAUUUUCUGAUGUUUUGGUCCUCCAUUCGUUUUCGCUUACACCUGAGCAGUUUGGAUUAGACCAGUAACGCUUCCAGUCACACUUAGCAAAGCAAUUCAUGUUGGUUUCUUUUUGUAAUAAGUUUGAUAGUUUUAUUUAUACUUAAAAAACGUGUUUAUAUUGUUGGAGAUUAUCCUUGUUUCUUGUCAUGGAAUUAUAGGUAGAUAAAUUAAUGCCAAGAAAAUGUCUUUCCAAAAUUAUUUGUGGCUGCAAACUGUUUACAUGGUUUACUCGUGUUGAAGCAUUUUGCGUUUUAACAGUGUGCAUCCAUAAGACAAUCUUCAGUGCAAAGAUUAGCUCUACACUCUCACUGACAAAUGAAUUAUAGUGGUAAGAUUACAAUUCCAAACUAUUAUUUAAUGCUAAGAGCAGGGGCUGGAUGAUGUGGACUUGGCUAAGAAAUGGUAAAACGUGAGAAUAUACAAUGUUUGUGCAAGUAUUUAGCAUUUUAAGAGAUUUCUCUGCAGGCAGCGUUUUUUAACCAGUUUGUGUCCGUUCGAUAAUCAGUGUGUGUUCAUCUCCUUUAACAGCAGGACAAGGCUCGGCCUCUGCUUUACAUGAGCCUUUCUGAAUUCAUACCCUUCUCAGUACAGCGCAGGACGGUUUUCUUUAGCACAGCAGGAACACUUAAGAUCUUAACACAUUGGCAUGUUCAGUGUGCAGUGGGAUAGACUGUAUAUUUUUAGUUUUUUUUUUUCUUAACGUGUACAUUUCAAAAGUUGGCUUCUUCUCCCGCUUCUUUUUCUGUCUCAAUCACCUCAUUUUCUCCCCCUCCCUCCCGCUACGACAAAUGGGGAGAAAAUCAUGAAUUCAACCAGAUUUUAAUUUUGAAGGGAAAAUGCUUCCUACCCUAAAUGGCAUUGGGAUAGCUUUUUGUUUUGCUUUGGAGGCCGACAGCUGGUGUGAACAGGAGUUUUCAGUCAGAGAUGUGAAUCUGGAGUGCCCUGUUGUCCCUUAUCCCAGAGCUCUGCACGGCUUGGGCCUCCCUGUGCUUGCAUGACAUGGAAAUAUAUUUUUUGUUGUGCAUGUAGAUCAAUUUUUUGAAAUAAUCCUCUUGUUUACACAUGGAUGGUGAUGUUAAUAUAUUUAAGAAUUUAAUGGUAUACAAUAUGGAUGUUGCCAAACUUUGGUAAAUGUACACAUAUUAUGAGAGGUAAUCCAAAUGAACUGAACUACAUGUAACUUUUUGUAUUUUAACCGGGUCAGCGAGAUGCUUCUAUUCCAGUAAAGUUGCAUAUCUGAUCCUGUCUCAAACUGCCACACACUGUACUCAGCUUAAGGGGAAAAAUUUGAUGUUUUUUUUUUUUUCUUUCUUUUGUAUAUAAGUAUUUGUUAAAUGCAGUUCUGGCUCUCUGUUCUCUGUAUAGUUCAGACCGCGCUUUAGUUUGUAAGUGCUACUUUUUUCGGAGGGACUUGGGUUCUUUUUAGUUUGUGUGGGGGAUAUAUGAACGAUUUCAGUUUGAGAACCUUUUUUUUUUCCUUUUUCUGCAUGCUGCAUCUUAUGCUGUGGGACUGUUGGAAACUUGAUACUGUAUGAAAAUUAAAAUUUAAAUAAACUUUGAAAUGUUGAAAGUAA